AUGCGAUUCUCUUAUCAUUGCAUCUUUGUGAUCUUAUUCUUGGCAAAAGCUUGUCGAUUGCAAACAUUUGAGCACCCUUCUACAAGAGAAGUAUCACCUAGUGGAGAUGAAUGGAAGACAUUUCUUAAUCUGAGUCCGGACCGCUCCCGAUCAGAUCGCAGUCAAUCGUUAAACGAACACCAUGAGUCAACUGCUCAAUCAUCCGUAAAAGCCAAUAGAAUGGCACUAACCGAACAAGUUCAGACGUCCAAGCUAAGCGAUUCAUUUAUAAAAGAGAGAAGACGACAGAAGUACAAAGUUGAAAAGGCUAAAUUUGAUGCUUUACCAUAUGAUCAGAAGCUUGCCAAAUUAGAGUACAAAAGAGCCAAAGGAAGGAAAUACUAUCGACAGAAUAAAGAGAAAACUGGUUAUCCUACAAAGCAUGCUGAAUUUCUGUCGCAAAUUCGCGAAUUAGCGAAAACUGGUCAAGCAUCUGCUGAGCAGCUAGCGGUAUUGGACAAAGAAAAGAAGUAUCAAAAUGAGUACUAUUUCAAACGAAAAGCACAAGGUGUAAAAAAGUACAAGAGCAAAUAUUAA